GAGUCCCAGCAACAGAGGGGCCUACCAGUGAGGUCACAGAGCUCCGUGGUGCCCUUGGGGAAGACAGCCAGGAGACUCUGAUGAUGAAUUUUGACCAGAAGGCAGUGAAAUUCCUGGCAAAUUUUUACAUCAAUGGAGGCAAACACUGGACCCAUGGCCACCUGAGGCAGACACAACCAGAGCCCACCCAGCCCAAGGCAUCUGUGCUGCUGUUGGGCCCAGAGCCAGGGCUGGCCUGGGAUGAGACACGGCCCCCAAAGAUGAAGGAGGUCCCAGCUGGCCUCAGGUUACAGACGGGCACCCCCCAGGAGUCCCUGCCCACCUACACCCAGACCCUGAAGGAGCUGUUGCUGGAGCGACGCCCCCCGAUCACAGCUGACCUGGAAGUCCCCAGCCCCACCAGGGCAUGGCAGACUUUGUGGUUCCAGAGCGAAAGCCCCUUCACGCAGAAAGCUGACUUCGACCAAGAGCAAAAGUGGCCCUCGCCAGCCCACUACCAGCUGCUCAGCCGGCCCGCCUUCCCCACCUUCAGCUUCAGAGGCCACCACUCCGCUUCCAAGACACCUGAGGGCCACACCUACCCAGCGCUGCCUGGGGCCAGGGGGCUGGGCCUCAGGGUGCAGCCCCAGUGCCUGCUUCAGGCCUCUUUGCAGGCACCUGGCAAGAGACACCCUGGCCCCAACACCCACAAUAUCCUUCCUGGGAGCCGUCUGCAGAGCCCCCGCUCGCCGGCCUUCUUGAUGAGCCGCUCCCCUGCAUUCACCUCCUGGCUCAGCGCCUCCUUCUCUUUCGGCAGCCCGAACCCCUGGCCCAGCCGCCUACCACGUGGAGGACUGCUACAACUCACGCUUCCCCUCGGCGCCUGGCGUGGUCAUCCAGGGUGUGCGCAGACCCAAGCGCCACGACACAGGCCCCUUCUGCACGCUCUAGAGCCAGCUGGGCACGACCUGCUUGGCCCGGCCACCGAGUGGAACCAUGGCCUCCCCCGGGGCUUUCCCAGGCCUCCCCUGGGACUCGGGGCCCCAGCCUGGCCUUCUGACCCUCUGGGCACCCCUGAUGCACCCUUCUGGCUGGCCAACCCUUCUAUGGGCUGUGGACAAGGCUGGCCCAGCCUGGAUCCCCCAUCUGCCCAUCUCCCUGCUAUACAGAGACGCUGUUGGUUCUCCCGAGCUCUGUGGUGUGCAGUUGUCUGUCCUUCACCCGGGGGCGGUCCUGGAGAUAUGGCUGCCGCUGGGUCAUUUCUGGCUUUCCCUGUUGAAGGGUCUCCAUUCGGCUGCCCCUGAAGGGUACUCACUUCUCUAGGGUGGCAGCCUGUGACUGACCCUGAGCUCUAGCCUGGAGCGAGAUGGGAGGCGGG